CAGCAUCCGUUGAGCAUCAGCGACAGCGACAGUGUUGUUGGUUGAAGGAUACUCGGUGAUCGUUCGAAAACUCGUGCCAAGCGUUGGUCGGCGCCAAGCGUGAAUUGUGUGUUUUGGUUCAUCUCGACCCUCGCCUUCAGCAAAGUCCUUUCGGGAUUUCGAAAGAAUCCCCGGUAUCCUCCGACAACUUGGUAGUGCCUGUGUGGUGAGGUCAGCAUGGUCGUCAAGUUGCAUCUCGUCUGUGGCGUGUUCCUGUUCGCGUUCCUCAGCUGGGCCCACGGACAGCCGGUCAAGGAUCAGGAGCUGGAAGAGGUGCUCUCGAAGCUACAGGAACUGAAGCGGCUAAACGAUGGUUCGACCACGAAGCCCAAUGAAGAAAAGGUGAGCGCGGUGGGCGGUCUGGAACAGCGGACCGGUCAACGGACAGUGGCGCCUUCGGUGGUAACUAGCUACAAGACGAAACGCUCGCUCAACAACUCGGAUCGCCGGACGCUACUCUACAACUACUACUCGCGCGGACUGGCCCCGAUGUACGAUAAGCGAAACUUUGACGAGAUUGACCGCUUCGCACGCUUCAACGGCAAGCGCAACCUGGACUACGAACCGUCGUACGUGGGCACUGGUGACCACGGGUACUAUGGGCGGAUGAGCAAGCGCAACUUUGACGACAUCGAUCGGUAUAACGGCUCCUACCCAGGAUUCGAUUUCCGUUUGCAUGGAGACGAGGUGGGCAUCAUUGGCAAGCGGAACUUUGACGAGAUCGACCGGUUCGGGCGGUUCGCGUUCAACAAGCGCUUCUUCCCGGAGGUGAACGAGCUGAGAGCUGUCGGCAGCGGCGGCAACAGCCUCAAGCACGACCUCUCGGAGGAUAUGGCCGUGAUCAACGAGUAUUUGCAGUAAGUGACCCUCUGCGCCACGGUGGGCCGCACGUCAGCGCAAUCAAUUGCCAGCAGCAGCAGCACUAUCCAAACAAACACUACCCGAAGGCACGGCGCGUACCACGGUGGUGGGAACAGGAACGGAUCGGACUGGAUCGUCUAGCGGGUUUGUAACUGGUUGGCUGACCGCGGGGCGACGAUCGGCGUUUCGGCUAUCUAUGGCGGGGCAGCUUUCCGUGUACGUGUGUAGUACGUGUGUUUCAGAUUAAAGACUUCUUGUGUGUGUUUGUGUAUGUAACAUUACAACGUUAGUCUCUGACUUAAACUUAAACUUAGAACCCCAAAACCCCAAGAUACCCAGCGACCCAGGAGUGAUACGCGAGGGAUACGGAACGUGCGGAGUGGACGGUAGCGUUGGGCGUCGAAUUUGCACUAUAGCACA